UUGCCACUUUGGCGCGUGUUUAUUUCUCCUAAUCACGUGAUCGGCACUAGCAUAGAGGGGCUGCUGAACAAGCGUAAAGUCAAUUUUGCAUCGCUUUCAGUUUCAUGAUGUUCGUGGUGCUUAUGCAAAUGUAAUUGCAGAAAGGUAAACUUAACUUUCAUUUUCUAUGGCUUGCUGAAAGUACCCAUACGUCACGCGCCUAUACUAUGCCUGGUGUAUUCAGUUCCGGUUUACUACCAAACUUCAAUUCGUGAAAUUUCGGCGGAGUGACGAUUGUUUUAAGGUACCCUUGGACAAAACAAUCAAGGUAAAGAAUAAGUUAAUCCCGGAUUCACUAAACUACCUUGUAUUCCAUGUAGGCUUAAUCCCGGCUGAGGUCGAGAACCGUUUGGCAGCCGAUACGGCCGAACAUCGAAUAUGUAGUCUCCGGACUGAGCAGCUAGUUCAACAAUAGAAGUUCAGAAAUUUUCUUGUAAAUCUGUAGCCUGAACGUCAUCCGAUUGCUUCGAGUCGUUUUCUCCUCUCAGCCUCGAAGUAAUCGGGUGAAAUUCAGGCUAGUAAAUCAGAAACUUUACCUAUUUAGCUCUACAAUUAUUCUAUAAAAAUUCAUUUAAUUUUGUUUGCACUGUAUAAAAAAUUUACACAGGAAGUUACUUCCUCUAUUUCUGGAAACAUAAAUCUUGUCAUGGACUUGCAGCAAGGAUAAGGGAGUAGUCAGACAACCGUUCAUUUAUUUGAAUUUUUUUAAGCUGGCUCUUUGAGAUGUCUUUUCCUUUGCAUUUGAAACUAUUUACGAAAACAUGAAAAGCAUACUUAUUCCGUUCUAUUCAAAGGCUUUUCUCUUUUUCAGAUACAGUCACGUUACAAUGUUUUCCGAGCGGGAAAAACGGAUCAAGCAAAAGAAAUCAAAACUUGUGUUUUCUCAUUACUUCUCUUUUGUAACGUUGCUAAAAAUAUAACAAAAAUUUGCCUGACACGUUGAUGCCUAGUGGAAAAAGAAAUAAAUGAUAAAAUAUAUCUUUGUCAGGAAGUUUUAUACGUUAAAGUUCCAUAAACUUCAGUUUCCAAAAGGUUCCAGAAUGCAUUUUGCUGCUUUCAUAAAAUUUCUAUAAACAAUAAACUGACGAGAUACUGAUAGAUUAUUUAAAGUAUCGGACCCUACAAAGCUCUGAAUUUAGAGAAUUUCACAAGCUCUCGUUCCCUACGGCUUAACGUCUCACUACGCAGUACUGUUGAUGGCCCAUUUUACCCUUGUAUGUGCAAGUCGUCUAAUACAAUAAGCAAAUAGGGAGGAAACGGGUAUGAGGAAAAGACAGGACAAUCAUCUCUAAGUUUCCAUUUACCUUAUAGCAGGUUAUAGGUUAGAAGGUUAUCAACUCGGCUUCGGAAAUCAUGGGUACAGAUCAUGAUGACGUUCGCUUGCUGCUGUCUCAAGAACUUAAAGAUAUCCGCUCUAAAAUUGUUGAGGGAAAGCUGGUCCUUUUUGUCGGUGAACAGGCAUCAAUUCUUGUCACUCCAGUUCAGCUACGCCCCUCAUUAGAUGAUUGGUGGCAUCUUGUUAAUCAUCCUGAGGUAAGAGCUUAACCUAUCACUGAAUGAAUGCAUUUCACAUAAGUUCCAAAUUCAUUUUUCAUGACCGCGAUUGAUACAAGAGGAGCCACAUGCACCGUGAACUGAAUAAUUGUGUUGCAGCCCAAGAAGGUAUAAGGAGUAGUUUAAUAAACUAUUCGCCUCUGAGCUGCCCGUAACCACCCGUGCGGAUAAACAUCCCUUCUACCGCUUGUGACGUCAUUAGUUUUAAUGGUCAAGGACAACUUUGUUCGCCAACUUGAGCAGAGUGAAGAGAACUUUCAAACCAUGCUAGCAUGAACACAAUUCUGUCAAGAACACCGUAGAAAAAGGCAAAAAACAAUAUAACAUUGACCUGAAAAUUUCCAUGAAAAUCUUGUUCCACUACCCACCUAGCUAUAGUUUCAUCUAAUUCUUAGAAUAAUAGCUAUCCUAAAAAUUUUUCCCAUCAAAAUGAAGCCUGCUAAGGCUAAAAGCACGACAGUGACCAGAAAACCGCUCGACUAGCUUCAAAACGCGUUUUUGGGCAAAAUUUCUAGGUUAAGGCUACCAAAUGGAAUGAUAUCAGUUAUCUUGGUCCGUAGGCAGCCGUCACGAAAAGACUUGGAUACCGCCUAGACAGUCUGUCUAUACACAGAUUCGGGACCCUGCUCAUUUAUUUCUUUAUUUUAUUUAAUCACUUCCACCUUAAGAUGCGUAUCACACAACUUCAUUGACGUGUUUUUCGUUCUAGUUUACUAAAAAAUAAUUAGAGACCGGCACCUAUCAAGCAGAACUAAAAACACUACUGAGGCCAGUAAGAAUAAAAGUCCUUCCCAGUGCUGUGAGACGUGACCUACGAUUUCUCGUCCUUAUCAUAUUGACUGUCACGAAUUGUCUCUGGCUGCCUGGCUCCGCAAGCCUCAUGGCUAUUCCACAGCCAGUACUCUAAUUUACUUUUUUAUAUUUCAUUGUCUUAAUUGAUUGUUGAGUAAGCGAGUGAGUACAAAUUAAGAUUGUUGUUGUUGUUGCUGUUUUCAUCAAGCUUAGACUCAGAUCAUGAAAGGGAUUAGGACAGGCGUUGUAAUCGCUUUUAUAAUUUUCGCCUGUUCUUUAAUUUGCGAUCGCUUUUCGUUUAUGUUUGUGGCUACUAACCAAGUGUCGUGCGAGAAGAUCUCUUCGAUCGAUCUUUCUCAUGGCGUUGGUUUAAUUUCGUAUCUAUAAGCAGAGUGGUGUCAAGGAACUUUUGAACGCCGAAGAAAAGUAUUUGGAAAACCUUCAGCAAGCACCAUCACGCAUUCACAAUGCUCUUCGGAAUGUUGGAAAUUUUCCUUUUAUCAUUACAACCAAUAUGGACGAGCUCUUAGAGCGUUUCUUGUGGAAGACAGGAAAUGGUGGGGAGAAAAUACGAUUAGAUCAGGUCAGUUGUAUAUAUGUUUUGCCGAGUCCUCAGGUUACGCACUUAGUGUUUGCUAUGUUCUCAUUUACUUGUAGUUUGCAUAUUAGUAAUCUGAUAAAUCUAUUUGGUGGUUUCUCCGGAAAGUAAUGAGUUUUUUCUAUACCGUAGACAUUCGAAAUCUAGUCCAUGUUUUCCUCAAAGAUAUAGGCCAGUUAUAGUUUGCAUACUACGAUGCAUAUCGGUGCACUGUCAUGAAAGCUGUCACGGCAGUGCUGCUUCCUAGCUCUAUCAGGUUGUAUAGUUGAGUACCUGUUUCACCAAAACACUAUCCAGCGACUUCUAAAACCCAGAGGUAUGUUCCGAGGAGAUCAUCGUCUAGUUUGGCCGAGAUAAGCGCGAUUUUGCGCUCUCGCGACUUCUGUCCCCUCCCUCUCUCCCCAUGUUUCUAAGUUACUGACCCCGUAUGUAUCCCGGUGAAUGUUUUUGACGGAAGGAAGUUAUUAGCGAGAACAGUUUCUCCACACUGAAUUAAAAAAUUUAAAAACUUCUCUGAAGAGCAUACAACCCAUGCUUAAUGCUUUUCUUUAGAUAUCAUGCCUUGCUCAAUCCUGGCCAGAUCUGCGUAGGCACUUGGUGGUCAAGUGCUUUGGCGAUGGCGGUUUCAAUGUCCGCACAUUGGUAAGUUUUUCUAGCACUUGAUUGAAUUAUUGCAGUCGUUCCAUGACCUCCUCUCUUUCCUAUCGAUUAUUUUUUUAUUUUCAUAACGUUUCAUAACGAUUACGGAGCUACUCAAAUGACUUCUUUACACUUGUAAUGAGGGAUCUCACGACACCAAAUACAGCAGUGAUUUGUUCUAAGUUUGUCAUUUUCUAGCGACCAUAUUCCCAUUGCAGUGUUACCUCCUAUUAAAUAGUCUCUAUCUUGUUUUUUCUUUUUCUAGCCAAACAGUAAGAGAUACUUCGAAGAGUUUUGUGGCACUCUUGAAAGCCCGGAAGUUGAAUUUUUUCGCCAGGUUUUUAAUGACAGAUCCGUGCUGUUCCUUGGAUGUGACCCGAACCGCGAGGAAUACAAGAAAAUCUUUCAGAAGUUUGCGGUCAACGCCAAGGUAAUAACGACACUUGAUCUAUUUGGCACGGAUCGCAAACACAUCCUAUGCACAGAAUCGGGAACCCAUAAUUGAUCCCAGAUAGAAUGUAAUCCAACGCGAUUCGUGUAAGUUUUAUACUUUACAAAGACUCGGAUUUACGUUGUUGCGUUUAAUUUAGGUAAUCAGAUCAAGAAAUAUUGCAUUCUGCCAUGGCUAUCAUACCUGGAAAACGAUGCUUUCAGUGCACCGGCUCGGAUCAUCUAACUGUUUACCAAUCUAAACCUCCGUGAAAGAAAAGCGGAAGAUUCCCAGUCUGGAUUAAGUGUGGAUUCUAGGUAAUACAUUAUUUUUAUCUUUUCCGUAUUUACAGAUGAAGCAUUACAACUUCGAGACGUCUGGCGAGUCCGACUUAGAGAAGGAUGGAAAUCUUCUCACGUUGAAGGCAAAUAUACAUCCCUGGGAAUUCGUACAGUUCUUGAGUACAGGGACCAUACAAAAAGAUAUUCAGCCUGGAAAGGUAAUGAAGCGGCUGAUGUUAAGCAGGGUAAACUCGCAUGAAACACCCUCACUAGUAUUCCUUAAUAGUCCACCUUAUUGCUACUUGCUAGUGAAAGGUUCGUAUAUUUCCUGUUCUCGGCGUUUAGGGUGUGGCAGGUACAUUUUACUUUACACGUGUCAUCUGUCUGUUUUUCAUUUCCAAGGUUUAUGAAAGAUCGUAUUUGCGUAUCCAGCGAGAGGAAUAUCUCCAGCAACAACUUGCAUUGGAAAAAAUGGCGUCCGAAAUAGUAUUUCACACCAUUUCUAUCACAAAUGCUCUUUCACCUGACGAGUUCUUCGAACAGGUGUCACGCCCCACCAUUCAAAGCAUAUUUAAGGAAGACCCCUUUGGUAAGUUAACGUUGAUUAUGUGUACAUAAUUCACGGAGCACGAAAUUACGAAACCACCUCGUAGAAACUCUCGUUGAACUAUAUUUUGCGAGAAUGAUUACUUCAUUAUGCUUCCUGAUCAUUGCAGGUGUUUACUCUGAAGAGAAAGUUCAGCGGACGAUGGAUGCCAUGAAAGGAAGACGAGAUAACCUUAUUCAGGUAUUAUGUUGUGUUUCAAAUCGAGGUGCAAAUAAUUCGUCAUGCAUCAUGUAUCAUUUUGCGCACGGCUCAAAAAACGUGGUAGGAGUGCCAAAUAAUGGAGCUCGGAAAACAUGUUUUACUGAAACUUUUUUCAUGCUGUUCCAGACAAUGUUACUACCCGCCGACUAGCGGUGGUUGACCCCGUUGUCAGCCAAUCAGGCUGGACCAGAACUACUUAACUCAGUACUUGACCUCAAGAUGGAUGGACAGUCAGUUUAAUCUCUGCCGAGCGUCCGUUACUCUGUAAUGGCUUGACUCAGUUUUCGCAAAAAGUUGUGGGAAAGUUAUGGUAUAGUAUCUGCUCAUUCAGAUGGACUGCUGUCGGUAACUCAGACCUGCUGCAAAGUCUCGGCUAUUGACCAUAGUAUGCCUACUGUCCAAUCAGGUUGCUAACUGAAUUGUCUUUUUCUUGCAGCUAAUUGAUGGAUCCCGCGAAAUUAGUAUCACAGCCUUGUUCUUUUACCACGGUGUGAAAAAAGAGAUAGAAUUGUGGAAAGAGGUAGAAAAAUUACCCUCCUCGUCUGACGAUCAAAAGAAAAAGCUCCUACAGAAAUGCAAAAUAUCAAUCAGUAAAUACGCAAAGGCCAUAUUACGUUGUAAAUCUUUGUUGAGGAGUAACAGUUCUUUAGAGAUUCGUAUUGUGGGUGAUCAGGGUGCGUAUAAUGUGCAAGAGGUGGAAAAAGAAACGUUCGCUCUCAUUCGUCUGAAAGGUUUGUUUAACAACGCUAUAACAUUUCGUGGUUAGAAUUUCUUUCACAACAUAUUUUACACAUAAUUCAGCGAAAAAACAUUAUCAAUAUAUAUUCUCGGUUUUUUUCCUUGACGGCCCUUGUGGGAAAAGUGACGUUUGCUUCCCUCUCUUUGCUAGGUGGUCAAGAUGAAGCAGUUUGUUAUGCAGAAACGGCCACUUCUCCAGACGUCCGAAAGUUCGCAAAUCACCUCAUAAAUAUCAACGGAGACGUAGUGUUAAACAAGCGAAAAGUCUACGAGAGAAGCCGAGCUAAUGCCUGGAAUAACGAAGAUUCUAUACUAAAGCUGGCAACUGCGAUCAUGAGAGAGAGCUCAGAGAUGAAGGAACGCUUUGGUAUUGACGCAAUUGACGUAAGCAGUAUUUUACCAGAAGUUUUAGAGUAAAUUAACCUUACAUAAACUCACUAGGAACUUCCUUAAUCUCGACGCUCUUCAAUUGCAUGGAUUCUUGUAAAAUGACAACAGUUGCAUGCAACAACAACAGCAACCACCAACCAUUUUAUUUUGCCAACUUAAAAACAGCAUAAAUUAAAAAUAGAUAAGGCAAAAAACAAAACUACUCGGAAUAGCAAAAAAUUAUAAAGUUUACUUUAAUAAUUAACUUGCUUGUUGAGUCACACAGUAUUUAAGGCAGAUUAAGUUUAUUGCCUUAAUUGUCGUUAUCACAAGACAAAUAAAUAAAUAAAUAACGCGACUAAAAAAUUAGCACCGUAUGAUAUUGUUUCCGCAUUAAGUGUUUAAUAUGAGCGGCGCAAGCGGCCACGUCAGUCACAGGAUGAUUCAUGCAAAAUGCCAGCGUCAGUUACCAACGCGUUUUCUGCUUUUUGAGGUUAUACGCCUACAGGAGCUUCAAAUGUUAUACGUUUUUGAAGCUUUUAAUAGGUUUGCUGUGUAUUCAAUGGAUAGGUGGACGAUUUAAAAGCCCUGGAGACACUAACCCGUAUUAGUCAGAAGGUGCGAAGUCAACUGGACCCAGGCUACCUCGAGCCGCUUGGUGAAGGUAGCUUUGGUCAGGUGUAUCGAGCCAAAAAGAAUGGACGACAAGUGGCUGUUAAGAUUCUGAAAGAAGUAGACAAAGAUAAAGUCAAGUACUUUGAACGAGAGGUGGACACGCUGAGGUCGGUUUAUUUGUUUAAAAUAAAUGCAACGAAUUAUGAUCAUGAUUAUGAUUUUGAAUAAGGUUUUUAGGAGAGCAACAUGUUGGAUGAUGUUGCUGCUAGCACAUUGCAACGUUUUUGCGAAUUCUUACUAGCAUUACUAAAUAAUUUGUUAGUUAGGAGAUCUAGAUCAUGCGCACAAUUAUAACUGAAAUCCCUUUAGCCGCUCACGUCAAAGGUAAUUAGAAAGGACCAUUUGCUUAUUGAAAUGAAAGGUUCUCCCUGGCCGCUGGUAAAUGGGUUAUGACAUCUAAUCUUAUGCUGGUCUGCAGGGAGGCAAAGCACCCCAAAAUCGUGGAAGUGAUUGAAUGCAUCACGAUCCAAAAUCAGCUUGCGAUUGUAAUGGAAUUCAUGGCGGGAGGCAAUCUUAAAGUUUUCCUUGGUAAAGGUAAACGAGGACAGGGCAAGGAAUUUACACUCAGAUUCAUCGA